GCACUUCGACACCCGCGCUGCCCCUUUCGACACCAUUCUCUUCCGCCACGGUCGUUGAUCAUCACGCGUCCGUACCGAGCAGAGAUUUACUCCAGUCAAUCUAUAGACUGUAACCAUGGACGCAAAGCCCCAGCGCCCUACACGAGGUCUUCGUGUACGCGACGAGAACGCGCCACCUGCACAGCUUCCUGCAGGAAAGACUCUUCACACCAACAAAUCCACACCAGCGCUCUCAACACUGAUGCAGCUCGGAGGCAUCAAGGCGGCGGCGACUAAGCGCACCGUGUUCGCAGAUGUCAGCAAUACCACAAGGCAACCUAUCGCGAAGGAUGACGCGCAGGGUGCCGGCAAGAAGAAGGGCCUCAACGUCCUCAAGGACCCUGCCGUAGUGUCAGCCAAAGAAACUGGACAGCCUGGUGCGCUACUUAGACCCGCCCAACGUCCUCUGUCCACCAUCACCACCAAAGUCAACGUGUCCAAUACUACAGAAUCAGACGCGUCCGGAGUAUCCAAGCAAAUCGCGCUCGACAUGGGUAAUCAAACUACCAACCUCCGCAAGAUCACGACGAAGAAGUCCACAGCCGUAUUUAAGGAAUCUCACUCCGACCCUAUCCUCGAGACAUCUCUCGCGCCCGUCCCGACGCGUCAACCGCUGCCAUCCCGGGCGACCUCAUUUCAGAGCUUGGAACGUGCAUCAGCACAGACAUCGACCGUGCCCUCAAAUGACAUUCAUGCCCAGCCAUACCCUGCUUCAAAAGAAGAGAAGAUAUCCACAGUCGACCUCGACACCAAGCAUACCGCGACUCGCGUCGAGGCCGAGGAGAAGCACGAGUACCUAGAUGCUCUCGAGGAGCAAGCACGAGUAAUUGAGCAGGAGCGCAACGAGGAGAUUGCUAAGUCGCAUGGACUGAACGCCCUCGACCAAGAGGAGUACUGGGAUGAAGAUGACGAGGAAGAGUACUACGAUGCCGACGGCUACACUACUGCCAGGUCUCUUCGAUCGCGCGGCGACAACACGACGGGUGGCGUCACAAUCGUCCUUGCCCCAAGGAUCACAGCAAAGACACAGCGCGAGCUCGAGGCUGCAAAACUGUACGUCGAGGCGAACCAGUCGCCUGAAGAUGUUGAGGAUGAGCAGUGGGAUACCUCCAUGGUUGCAGAGUACGGUGAUGAGAUCUUUGAAUAUAUGCAUGCACUUGAGGAGCGCAUGAAGCCCAAUGCCACAUACAUGGACCACCAAGCCGAAAUUCAAUGGUCAAUGCGAUCAGUUCUCAUGGACUGGCUCGUUCAGGUCCACAACCGAUUCACACUGCUUCCAGAGACGCUCUUCCUCGCUGUCAACUACGUCGACCGAUUCCUCUCCUGCAAGGUCGUCUCCCUCGGCAAAUUACAGCUUGUCGGUGCCACUGCUCUCUUCGUCGCUGCCAAGUACGAAGAGAUCAACUGCCCUUCCGUGCAAGAGAUCGUCUACAUGGUCGAUGGUGCUUACACCGCCGACGAAGUCCUCAAAGCUGAGCGAUUCAUGCUUAGCAUGCUUCAGUUUGAACUUGGCUGGCCAGGGCCUAUGAGCUUCUUGCGCCGUAUCAGCAAGGCAGAUGACUACGAUCUUGAGACAAGAACGCUAGCCAAGUACUUCCUCGAGAUCACUGUCAUGGACGAGCGCUUCGUUGGCUGUGCCCCGAGCUUCCUCUCUGCUGGAGCCCAUGCUUUGGCCCGCUUCAUGCUGAAGAAGGGUGACUGGUCACAAUCUCAUGUACAUUACUCUGGAUAUACUCUCAGCCAGAUUCGACAGCUUAUAUCUGUGAUCUUGGAGUGCUGCGACAACCCACAGAAGCACCACGCUGCCGUCUACGAGAAGUACACCGACAAGCGCUAUAAGCGUGCAUCCGUCUUUGUCGAGACAGAACUCUCCAAGGGCUUCUCACUUCCUUUCGUGUCUCGAGACAGUCUUGCUGGUCAGACCUGGAGGCGAAAGUGAAUUACCUACUUCUCUUCGCGUGGUUCUGACUUGGUAGUUGUCUGACGAGGUUCACAGGGGCUAUGUGACGACAGCGUACUCUAG